AUGUCCUUUGUUGGUUCACAUUUCUCUCCCCCUCAAGAAAUUUCAAGAAGUAAAGUUGAGAAAGUUGAAACAAGUCAUACCACAGUGGUAGAAGACUUGGAAGAAGAAGUCCCCAUAUAUAAUGAAGGCAUUGAGAGUUUUGAGGAUAAACAAGAUGCAUAUGGUCAAUUGCAUGAGCAAUUGCUCAAACAACAAAGAAGAUUGCUAGUCUUGAGGGGUAGAGUCAACACAAGUGAGGAAGACCGAAAAACACUCCAUGUGAACUUAGUGAAGUCUAAUGCUCAUGUUUGUAAGGUUAAAGAAGAGAAAAAGUAUUUUCAAGACAAAAUUUGUGCUGAAAAUGAAGACGAAGCCUUCUACACUGACGCUAGAAGACAGAGCUUGCCUGAGUCUCCCGUGAAGAAAUGUGCAGAAGCUUCAAGAAAAUGGAGGAAGAAGACGAUCCCUCUUAAAGUAGGAUUUUGUGGGUUUCAAGAAUCUCCUUAG